GGCGGUGAUGAAGUGAUUGUGUGUGAUUGUUUUCAGGUCAAAAACUAAUGCUGAUGCGCUUUAGUAAAAUUUUAAACACAGUCAUUAAUUAUUUACCGUUGUGAUUUAUACUACGAGAAUGUCGGAAACUAGUGAUCUCGAUCGUCAAAUAGAGCAGUUAAAAAGAUGCGAGAUCAUAAUGGAGGCUGAGGUAAAAGCGCUAUGCGCUAAGGCCCGCGAGAUUCUCGUUGAAGAGAGUAACGUACAACGCGUGGAUUCUCCUGUCACGGUGUGUGGAGAUAUCCAUGGCCAGUUUUAUGAUCUGAAAGAAUUAUUUAAAGUAGGUGGUGAUGUUCCUGAAACAAAUUACCUUUUCAUGGGAGAUUUUGUUGACCGAGGGUUCUAUUCUGUGGAAACAUUCUUACUACUGUUAGCAUUAAAAGUCCGCUAUCCUGACCGAAUAACACUUAUACGUGGCAACCAUGAGUCAAGACAAAUCACACAAGUAUAUGGGUUUUAUGAUGAAUGCCUCAGGAAAUAUGGGUCAAUUACAGUUUGGAGGUAUUGCACAGAGAUAUUUGACUAUUUGUCGCUGUCUGCGAUCAUAGACGGUCGAAUAUUCUGCGUGCACGGUGGCCUUAGCCCUUCCAUUCAGACCCUGGACCAAAUUCGUACCAUUGACCGCAAACAAGAGGUCCCUCAUGAUGGACCCAUGUGUGAUCUUCUUUGGAGUGACCCCGAAGAUACGCAAGGUUGGGGAGUGUCGCCUCGAGGGGCGGGUUAUCUCUUCGGUUCUGACGUCGUAGCUCAAUUCAACGUAUCCAACGACAUUGACAUGAUAUGCCGCGCCCACCAGCUCGUCAUGGAGGGAUACAAGUGGCACUUCAACGAGACUGUGCUCACUGUGUGGUCGGCGCCCAAUUAUUGCUAUAGAUGCGGCAACGUAGCUGCUAUAUUGGAACUGAAUGAAAAUCUGCAACGAGAAUUCACUAUAUUUGAAGCGGCACCGCAAGAGUCUAGAGGUGUUCCCUCCAAAAAACCUCAGGCGGACUACUUCUUAUAAUGUUCCAUACAAUAGACUGACCAGGCGUCUAUUUAGUAUUACAGUUUUAAGUAGUGACAAAACAUUUCAUGUGGAAAUAAUUUAAUUGUGAUUUUAAGACUGGUAAGUUGUAUCGAGAAUGUGUUUACUGUACCUUAUGAUGUUUUAGUUGUACAAAGUGGGUGUUUUGCUUCGCACAGGUAACGGGUG